CGAAAUGACGCGGCUUCUAUUGUAACCAACCAUCGUCGGUCGUCGCGGUUGGCGUUUUACUUUUUGCAUUAACACCCAGCGGGUGGUUGGCGGUAGGGUAGAGUCGUCAUCGUUCGUUCGUUUGGUCGGUGGGUGAAUAAAAGUUUUAUUACGUCGUAGUGAUGCUGUUGAACCAUCUCCGGCGGGAGGUUGUUGUUAUCGGUGCGCUGCCGGGUCUUUACUGUUUCUCCGUCGUGUAGCUGCUAGGAAUUUCCGGUCCGUUCUCGUAAAAGUGCCGUGGGGAAAUACAGAGCUGUAAAAAGAUUUUAUUGAGCGAGAAAAUUUGUGGACAAACAUCAUCAUCAGCUAAGGUCGAUUUCAUCUCUCGGUCUCGGUCCUGCUCCGUCAAUCGAAAACGGAGAGGAAAAUCCACGAGUCUGUGUGUGCCCUAAGAAAAACAAACAACGAGAUCCAUAAUCCGAAGUGGACGCAGCAAGAGCAUCGGCGGCAUCAGCCACACAGAGACGAGGCAGCUAUUUAACCCACUACCGCAAUAACGACAAGAUGGCAGAUCAGACCACCGGCCGGCAGCUGCAGCGGAUUCUGCACUACUCAGUGACCCCCUGCCGGCCUCUGCUCGGGCUACGGCGCAACGAAUGUGCAUUAUAUGACGUUGACUGUGAUGAAGUGUACCCUAGGCUGUACAUUGGUGAUGUGGAGUCAGCUAGAAACAAGCAGUAUUUACGAUUGAUUGGAAUCACACACGUGCUGAACACGGCAGAAGGAACGCGCUUCGGGCAGGUGGACACCGGCCACAGCUAUUACCGGGACAUGUCCGGAGUUAGUUGUACUUUCAGGUACAUGGGCUUCCCGUUGACCGACCAGCCAUCGACCGACAUCAGCCGGUACUUCUACAUCGCAUCCAAGUUCAUCGAGAACGGAAUCAACAGCGGAGGCAAAGUCCUGGUACACUGCAUGAUGGGCAUGUCGCGUUCGGCGACUUGCGUCCUCGCCUACCUGAUGAUCGCCCGGAAGAUGUCUGCCACCGAAGCGGUCCGGACAGUCCGCAUGCACCGUGAUAUCCGGCCUAACGAAGGCUUCCUGCAGCAGUUGGCCGACCUGGACAACGAGUUGAAGCGAGACCGGCUGUACUAUUGACUCGAGUGUGGCCAGCGUUUCCGGAGGAAAUAGCGGUCCCUUACCAAUUAAACUUCCUGACCCCUCACCACUCUUUUUGACGAACACCUCAUGUUCAUCUUACCCCAUCAUUGACAAGUCAUUAAUUACAAAAAGAUAAUAUAUGCUGGUUGGCUGCUGGAAAUCGAAGCCUUCUCUUCUCACAAGGAGAGUAGAACAAGUUUCCUGAAAGGAUGUAGGUUCGAGGUAGAUUUAUGAGAUUUUUCUACGAUUUAGCAGAAGAUUGUUAAAUUAUACUAUAUCUAUGUAGACAGAGAGGCUUAUAGUUUUUUUUUUUCUCCGACGAGAUGCCAGGACUAGUGAAAGAACAUGGAAUGAUCUCAGCUUCAUAUAUCACAAAACAGAAACCCGAAACACAGAUUCACGAGAUAUAUUUAUACAUAUACUGUUGGUGUGAUUUAUUUUAUUCCACUGGAAUUCACUGUCUCUACCUGCCCGGGGACAAAACUGGGAGUAAAUCAACACACGAAAAACCCAAACUAGCAUAUACGACACACGAACCACUCUCACUAUAGGGAAAACCCCAAUAAUGAUGGUAGAAUUUUAUCGAUCACAGACAAUCUACUGUCUGCUUUGUUACAUACAUGCAAUAUAUACCAUCUAAUACAGAAACUGUCAUCCCCGCCUCCCCAAAUAUGACAUUCACUGGCGUAUUUACAAUUGACACACACGAAUGGUUCUUACUCAGCGCUUGGGAAAAUUCCUGAAUCCGAAUCUUCCUAGAGUUGGAGGGCACCCAUCAGAAAGCAACAUGCCAGGAUCGAGAAGAGAACAGUAGUCCACCACUGGGCCAAAGAGCAGGGAACGGAAAAGGGCAGAAGGAGUUGUAAAACGGGGAGCAUAUAAUCAAAUGAACCUAGCAGAGGACGUGAAUGUGUAACGUUUUUAUGGGUCUGAGCGAUUUGUUGUUUUGUCGGUUUUUAGGAAUCAGAGUCGUUAACAAGGCAAGGAAGUUAUCGAACCGGAUACGAUUCGAAUCGUAGCACACCAAUAUUUAUACAAUAAAAUAAA